AACGCACUAGUAACUAGGCAGUGGGCAGCAAUAGGCAGUACACAGCGAUGUCACUAUGCGAAGGUCCGUGGGCCCUAUUUAUCUGUGCUUGCUCGGUCUUUGGUUUAAUCAGUUCGCUCUGAGUUGUAGCGGCCGAAGGUUCGUCAGCACCACCAACAACGGGAAGAAGUGAAAGAUGGAGUCGGAAACGGAGCGAGUUGCAAAACUGAUGGAAAAGACUGCACACAUGACCCCAGAUGAGCGCAAUGCUUACUUGUCUAAUUUCGAGUAUUUCCACUCGGGAACAAGCCAAGAACAGGUGAUCAAAACUUACAACCAGUGGGCGCCAACAUAUGUGGAGACUCUGCGUUCAGGGGGUUACACAGGCUACCUGGUAGCCGCCGAAGAAGUGGAGUCUCGUGUGCCAGAAGACCAGCGUCAUAGCCAGAGGGUGUUGGAUGUGGCCGCUGGCACUGGAAGCGUCGGGGUCGAACUCAGCUCCAGAGGCUUCAAAUUAAUCGACGCACUUGAACCCUGCGAGGGAAUGUUGGAGCGUCUAGAAGCAACCGGAGUUUACACGAAGAAAUACAAAGAGUUUUUAGGCGAUGGGGCAAAAUCUGUUCCAAGUGACGCAUACGAUGUUCUCGUCUGCGCCGGAGGUAUGUUGGCGGGGCACAUACCCAUCAAGGGCAUUGAUGACAUGAUUAGGGUCACUAAACCAGGAGGACUAAUCAUCAUAGUCAUGAGGACGGAGUUCUUGCACCUGGUUGAGGAAUAUAAGGAACUUGGGUGUCACAUGGACUCUUUACAAGAGAAAGGCUACUGGACGAAGGUGGAAGUGAAAAAAGUGUCGAACUACUUUACUGGCAAGGAUGGAAGCGUUUUUAUCUAUAGGGUUUUGUAAGUUUGUCUUCAAAACACAUUCAUGUAUGGACACCAUAAUGAAUUUAGCACUGAAUUUGGGAGUGAGGUUUGAUUGUUGUAAGUGACCUUUACAAUAAUUGAUAAUAAUUUCUGUUCAUUGUAACUUGCUCUAUUAUAGAUAAAACUUUACUUGAU